GAGGCGCUCGGCGGUUCCGGGUCAGACGGGGAGAAGAUGUCUGCGGGGCUGGAGCUGUACUGCUGGCCCGGGGGCUGGGGGCUGCCCUCCGUCGACCUGGACAGCCUGGCCGUCCUGACCUACGCCCGUUUCACCGGGGCCCCCCUCAAGGUGCACAAGAUUGCCAACCCCUGGAGGAGCCCGUCAGGCUCCCUGCCCGCCCUGAAGACCAGAGACUCCGGCGUCAUCUCCCAGCCGCACAGGAUCAUCACACACCUGCGCAAGCAGAAGUACAACGCCGACUACGACCUCUCGGCCCGUCAAGGGGCAGACACGCUGGCCUUCGUGUCCCUGCUGGAGGAGAAGCUUCUCCCUGUGCUGCUGCACACGUUCUGGGCGGACGGCAGGAACUACGUGGAGCUGACUCGUCCGUGGUACGCGGGGGCCGCCCCGUUCCCCCUCAACUUCUUCCUGCCCGGGCGGCUGCAGCGGCAAAACCUGGAACGUCUCCACGUGGCCUGCGGGCAGCGAGGAGGCCGGGACGAGGAGGAGCUGGAGAAGGAGCUGUACCGGGAGGCCCGCGAGUGUCUGACGCUUCUGUCCCAGAGACUCGGCCGCCAGCAGUUCUUCUUCGGAGACUCGCCGGCCUCCCUGGACGCCUUCGUCUUCAGCCACGUGGCGCUCCUGCUGCACGUCCAGCUGCCCAGCGGGAAGCUGCAGGCCCACGUGAGGACCCUCACCAACCUGACCGCUUUCUGCACGCGCAUCCUGCGCCUCUACUUCCCCCGGGACCCAGGGGAGUUCCAGCCGGCGGCCCCCGCGGCCCCCGUGGCCCCCGAGGACCCGCCUUUUGGGCGGCGAGGACAGGUCCUGGCGGUGCUGGUGGGCCUGGCGGCCAUGGUGGGCUACGCCCUGCUGAGCGGCAUCGUCUCCAUCCAGCGGGCAGUGCCCGCCCGGGCCCCCGGCCCCCGGCCCCUCGCCCUGGCGGACGACGAGGACGAGGACUGAGCGCGGGUCGCGCCCGCCCCGCCGGGAAUAAAGCCGCUACUCGCUACCCACCCCGCGUCCGGCGCC